UCUCUGAACGCUGUGGGAGAACGGAGGUGUGCUAUUCAUCAAAGGUAAAUUCUUUUUAUCACACCAAAAGUCCAUUUUAACCGGGUAGUCUACCUAAUAGUGUGUAAAGCAGUACUGUAUAUAGUUAAUGUGUUGUCCUCAGCGUCUUUGGAGCGACCUGGCCUUGUAGCUGUGUACAUGUUUGUGCCGGGGUUUAGGCAUGUGACAAAUGGCAGGUUACUGACAUUAAGAGUCCUCACAGUCCUCGGUGGGCCCUGAGGUAAGAAUAGACCCUCGCGCUCUCACGCACCAGACCACUGUCUCCCGUUACCAACACGAAGACACUGAGACAAGAUACACCAACAGCCAAGAUGAACAGAUAGAAACAAAGAGGAAGAGGAGGGCAGGAAGGAAUCAGAAAUAAAAUCAAGACGAUCAAAGAAAUCAGACGUCCAGAAAACAGUCAGAGGCCUGAGUGUGUCCAGUUCCAGGACACAGCGCUGGCUUCACUAUGGACAGAGUGAAUGUAGUGGACGCUCUCUUCAUCAGCUUAAACCAGAACAUCACAUUCAUAGGUAAGCUGUGGCUGAUAGUGUUCCUCCUCUUCCGGGUCUUCAUCCUUCUUUUCGCCGGCUUUCCUCUCUUCUGGGAUGAAGGGGAGCGAUUUAUGUGCAACACCAUCCACCCGGGUUGUGCCAACAUGUGUUUGGAUGCAUUCUCCCCGUUCUCCCUGUGCCGCUUUGGCUUUCUACAUCUAGUGUGUGUGUGUUUGCCCACUGUUCUGUACAUCAUGCACCACAUACACCAAAUAUUAACUGGCAUAACUCGUCGAUACUACGUUCAGGAGCACAAAAUUCAGAUACCCCACCUAGGGGGCUCUGAACUCGACACUGAUGGAGUUCCUCCUGGGGGAAAAGCUAAGGGUUUGUACCUGUUAAAGCUAAUUCUGCGUAUCUGUCUGGAGCUAGCAUUCGGUGCAGGCCAGUACUUCCUGUUUGGAACCUCAGUGAAGCAGGACUUCCUGUGUUUGCAGGCGCCCUGCAGUCCCGCAGUGGAGUGCAUCACUUCCAGGCCCACGGAGAAAACCUUCCUGCUGCAGUGGAUGCUGGGUAAUGUAGUCCUGUCUGUGAUCCUCAGCACUGCUGAACUGUUGAUUGUGCUGAGACGCUCUGCCCGAACGAAAAGAGACAGAACCAUAACAAGUGAUGGGAUGAAGGUUGAAAAGAGGGAGGGAACAAAGAAAAAUGGUGAAAGAGAGAAGGCGAAUUCUAUUAGCAAUGGAAGUUGCUCCACCCCCUUGCCCUUUCUGAAGAGAAAACCUAACAAUGACCCAACAUUAACUCUAUGGCUUACCCCAAAAUUCAACAUUUCACCAUUUAAUGAAGUAGGACACACCCCUUCACACCCGUCCUCGAACCCAGGCCCACCCAGGACCCCCGACCACAGCAAGGAGAGCAGGUCUGCAGAGGAGGUAAAGCUGUGGAACAAUCACUGUGGGAAGAACGGCAGCGCAAACACCCUUUUUCCUCUGAAGCUAACAUCAGUCACGCAAAGAGAUUGUGAUGAAUGGUGCCCCACCCCAACUCGCAGAUGGAGGGCAGGACGGGACACACCGGCUACCACAACAACAGGGCGCGCUUCAGACAGCAGCGGAAGUCAUGACAUUAAAGCAUGGGUGUAAACGUGGCAUCAAUGUGAACAAUUUUUUUUUUUUUAAUACGGCAGUGGAAAAUUAUUAAAGCAGUUUUUGGCGUAGUUGAAUCAUGAAAAUGUGAGUGUGAGUUGCUUGCCUUUGUCACCAUCAUUACCACACACUUGCACUCACUGUCCAAAAUGGGGGUGGUAAUUCUGUAUUAGCUUUCUAUGAUGUAUUCCCAUUACACAUGUGACACUGUGAGAACUUCAGAACUUCAGAUAUGGUGGAUCCAACACUCAUGCUCAUUGCUAUCUUACACCCCGUCGACAGUCUUUUUUCACGCUUUGCGCUCUCCCUGUCAAAAUAGCAUUGGAGUUUAGGAAUAAAUCUACACCGAUGUGCGUGCAAACACUUUUUCACAGCACUGUAUAAGUUGUGUUUUAAGCACUGGUGUUCAAGCAAAUUUCUCCUCUUAUUUUUUAGUAUAUUAACUAUAUUACUUAUUCUGUAUGUCUAUUACCACUGUGGUUAUAAUCUACAGGGGUUGGACAAUGAAACUAAAACACCUGUCUUUUAGUGUGGGAGGAGCACAGUUUUGCUCAAAAUAUCGCAAUGCACACAACAUUAUGGGUGACAUAGCAGAGUUCAAAAGAGGACUCAUUGUUGGUGCACGUCCUGCUGGCAAGACAGCGAGUCUUUGUGAUGUAUCAAGAGCCACGGUCUCCAGGGUAAUGUCAGCUUACCACCAAGGAGGACCAACCAAAUUCAACAGGAUUAACUGUGGACACUGUAAGAGGAAGCUGUCUGGAUUUGAAUUGUAUCCAAAAAACAUAAAACCACGGCUGAUCAAAUCACGGCAGAAUUCAAUGUGCACCUCAACUCUUCUGUUUCCACCAGAACUGUCCGUCACCACAAUAAAUUAUUGUGGUCUAAAACCAGAUGUUUCAGUUUCAUUGUCCAACACCUGUAUAUUAGUGGUCUGCUGCUGCACUGGACAUUCUAACACAAAGUAAACAUGACCCCGUCCCUGUCAUUACCAGGUGGGUUCUUGACCUGGGGGUCGUGACCCACAAGGAGGUCCUGACAUAGUCCCUAGGGGGGUUGUGAGAGUGACACCAGUGAAUCGCUAGAGAGAAAUUUACUCAUUUCCUCAACAUAAAACAAUAUCAAAAGUUUUAGUACAGCCUAAAACUAGGCAGAGGAGAGGAGCUGCAUCUGUGGGUGAAGAAGCAAAAUUUAACCCAUUCACUCAAACGUCCAUACACCCUGCUCUUACCAUUCUGUAGAGGGAAACCAAGAACCUGUUUUUCUGGGUUU